AUGGCUACCGCUCCCUCUGCUGCACGUUCUGAACCUUCGCAUGGACACCUUCACCUCUGCAGCGACGAUAAGGUCUGGGCUGUCAAGCAAGUCAGUACGAGCAACAGUGUCUACGUCACCAAGACACAACUACUCCCAUCCCAGGUUAUCAAUAGUCAGAAACAACAAAACAACGACAGCAAUCACGAGAGCAAUGUUGAGGACGGAGAGAAUAUCUUGAAUGCGAGCAACAAUGCUACCGGUCAGGGUAGAAACACAGCUGGUACAGAUGGCGAUGCCCACAUGACCUUGGAGCUGGACGCAGAGAGAGCAGCUCAGAAUGACGAUCAACAGAGACCGCCUGGUCGAGUAACACCCCGCACAGACAUUGGCUCUCAGACUGGGAUAGCAGCCAUAUCACAAGUCCAUAAUGUCCUUGAACUGGUCGAAGUCAAGCCCAACGAUGCAGAAAUCGAAGCCAACAUUCGAAACAUAGUACCAGUCCUCGACGACCCGGACCACGAUGCAAAUGAGAUACAUUUACGUGCACCGAAUGGCGGUCCAGAUGCAAAUACUGCGACUGUCACUCUACGAGAAGUGUUGGACAAUACUCCCACACCUACGAAAUACGUUAUCAGCAUCCUCAAGAAUUUGUUCGUCUUCAUUCUCCCGAGACGGCAAGACGAAAGACAGAUAUCGGCCACAUACAUACCCACUACGCAUCUUUUGCUCCGUGCUUGGAAAACUUUCAUUCAGCAGUGCGCCAUUUCAGGUGUCAAGCUCACCACCCCCGAAGGCCUGAGUGGUGAACAACUCAUCCAAGAUGUCUUCAGAGGCAUGAUAGAGGAGGCGGAGAUGAAAGAAGACGGCACCUUGACGGUCGCGGUGACAAGGGCUAUCUUAAGGCAAUUUGAUCUGGCGAAUAGUGACAGGCCUGACGAUGGCGGCACCGUGUCUAAUCACCACCACCUGGAUCCGGAGCUUGAUGUGGACCUGGAUCUACAUCAAGACCUGGACCUGGUUGGCCAGCCAUUGGUUUUGCAAAGAGACCUCGUUAGCCAGGCCGUGGGAAGCUGGGUCCUCCUCUCUCUGCGAGACCAACAGCCUCCUUCCACGACAGUCACCGUGGCCGAAUUCCUGAAGCAGUGGACCGAACUCCUUCCAGAUUCAUGGGCUGAGGACUGCGACCCGAAAGCACUCGUCCGCACAUUCGGUGCGGGAGUCGGAUUGGCGAAAGACGCAAAUUCCACCGGGGCGGAGGUCUUGCGAUUCACGGCUGCUGCAACACCUGGCUCGGGUGGCGGCAAUGGUGCUUCCCUCCCCAAGGGCCCAGUGUCGGCGGUCCGGAAAGACGAUGCCGGGAAAGGGCAGAGCGAGGCCCAGAACCAUAAGAAGAGGAAGUGGCAUGAGAAAUUCGCAGCCCAGAGAAUCAAGGCGGACAAAUGA